AUGAAGAAAUUCGAUAAUUAUGAUUCAUUUUUCAAACUAACAAAUAGAAUGUCAGAGAAUUCAACACCAAUAGGAAAUCUAUUAUAAGUAUAAAAUCCAAGAUAUAUCUAAAGUAAAAACCUCAAUAUCAUCCAACUGUUCUUAAUGGAUUGAGGAAUAAAAAUACUUAAUCCUAUAAAACAUUGUGUUCACCUUCCAAAAUAUUUGAUUAUUCUGAUACUCAUGAAAUAACUUAAAAUUAAAAAAAUAAGUAUGAAGCAAGUGAAAGGAAAAGAUAGAUAGAAGCAAAUUCUUAAAGAACUAUUAAUCCAAGUAUUGAAAAAUGUAAUUCACCAAAACAAUCAAGAAUAUAAUCAAGUACUCGUUACAAUGUAAAUUAGGAGAGUACCUACAAAGAACCAAAACGAUAAGUAAAGUAAUUAAUAUUAAUUAUAAUUAGAGCAUGUACACAAAAAUCAUAGGAUUUCAAUCAUAGAAUAAAUUUACCAAUUAGCUAAGUAAAAGUAUUUUUUUAUUUGAGAUGUAAGUUAAUGAUGGAAAUGAAGAAUAAGGAAAUUCUAAAACACAUAAAAAAUCAUAAUCUAUAAAGACUUUUGUUAAUUUAUAGACUUCUCCUAUUUAAAAUGAAUGUAAAAAGUAUAUAAAUUAAAAUAGGCUUUUAAAUUUAUACUGAAAGAGCAAAAGCAACUCAAUAUGAAGAUAGUUUUCGUCAUUUAUUAACAAGUUAUUAAAAAGCUAAUUAAAAUAAAAAUGAAGGCAAAAAAAAAUAUCCUUAAAGUCGAUUAAUUUAUGAAUCAACUAAAAUAGUAGAACAAUAAGUCUUAAAACCAUAUAAUAAGGUUUUUUAAUAAAGUGAAAAUGAAAAAAAUGUAUAUAUUAGUUUAAGAGUAUUUAUUAGGUAAGAUAGAAUAAAAAAGGGUUAGGAGAUUAGAUCUUAAAUCAACAGAAAUCAAAUUUUCAGAUAUAUUGA